AUGCCUCGGAUGAAAAAUAUGGAGCUUAAGGAUUUUACAACUGGAACCUGGAACGUACGAACAUUAUAUAAACCUGGAAAUUUGACGACAGCGAUAUUGGAACUUGAACGAUAUCGGCUGGACAUUAUUGCGAUUCAAGAAGUAAGGUGGACGGGAGAAGGAAGCUUAAAAAUUGGAAAUUGGACGGUGUUCCAUAGUGGUGGCGAUGAACACCAGGGUGGUGUUAGUUUCAUUGUGAAUGAUAAAAUAUUACAUAGAGUUAAGAAGUUUAAGGCAGUGAAUGACAGAAUUUGUCAUAUGGAGCUGGAGUGCCGGUGGUUUAACGUGAUACUAAUUAACGGGUACGCCCCAACUGAAGACAAAGAAGAUGAAGUCAAAGAUAUUUUUUACGAAAAUUUAGAAAAUGAGUGCGACCGGAUACCGACUAACAAGGUAAAAAUCUUAUUGGGAGAUUUUAACGCAAAAAUAGGGCAGGAAGUAGAGUAUAGACCAACAAUUGGGAAGGAGAGCCUGCAUAGAACAUCAAAUGAUAAUGGCACAAGAUUAGUUAAUUUUGCUACAACCAGAAACAUGAUAAUAAGUAGCACCACAUUCCCACAUAAGGAUAUACACAAGGAAACCUGGGUAUCACCAUCAGGACAAAUAAAAAACCAAAUAGACCAUGUUGCAGUGGACAGACGUUUCAAGAAAUGCGUCAUGGAUGUCCGGAGCAUGAGAGGUAGCAGCGCAAUGUCCGAUCAUUUUAUAGUAAGAGCAAAAAUCAAGCUACGUCUGUCAGUUGAAUGGAGAAAAAAGAACGUCUCUAUCAAAAGGUUUAACAUAGAAGACAAAAAAAACCAAGAAAUCAAUAGACAGUACAAGAACAAACUAAAAGAGACCUUGAGUCUGACGGAGAAUUCAAAUAACGUAGAUAAUAACGUAGAUAAUCUAUGGAAUGAGAUUGAAAACUCGAUUAAAACGGUAGCCACAGAAGUCCUAGGAUUUGAAGAAAGAGAAAGGGGGAAAAAAUGGUUUGAUGAACAAUGUAAAAAAGCGAAUAAUGAAAGAGAUAUUGCCCGAAUAAAAAUGCUAAAAGACCCAAGUGAGGAAAAUAAGAGAGUACUAUCGACUAGACAAAGGGAAACUAAACAAUUGUUUAGAAAAAAGAAAAGAGCAUGCGAAAAUUCUAGACUUGAAAUAAUAGAAAACAGCUACAAUAACAAUGUAAGACUUUUUUUUGAAAAGACUAAUGAAAUUAAGAAUGGAUUUAAGACAAAAGCAACAAUUAUAAAAGAUGAAGAAGGAUUACUAAUAACGGAUAAAAAAAAGGCUGCAAACGAGUUUAGGAACAUGUUUGAAACAAUGCUGAACCAACCUACUCAAGUAGAAGUGGAAGAAAACCUCAACACGGUUGAACAGAGAUUAGACGAACCCACGUUAGAAGAAGUAGAAAGGGCAGCAAAUAUGUUGAAAAAUAGGAAAGCACUAGGGGAAGACGCAAUUGUUGCAGAACUACUGAAAGAAGGAGGAAAAGAACUAAUGACAUGA